GCGAAUAGGAUGAGCCAGUCUAGUACCACCAUACCCUCUCUUUCGAUUCGGAUAAUCUAUCAAAACAUUCCACAAAAAUUUCUCAUCAACGUUUGUUUUUUAAAUAAAUAAAUAGCCAUAACUUCGUAGACCCAAAAGGAGCUAAGAGGAUGAUAGCUGCCAGAACAAAAAUUGAAUGAGAAUAAUGUUGCCUGUUUGCUCAGCCACACCGUGCUAUUCCUCAUCUUCCCAGAUUCCUUUAUUUGGGGGACUGCAACCCCUGUGCCCAGUUAGAAAGGAUAUUGAGAACAGAUGUGUGGCAGAAGAAGGUGUGUUUCUGGGUUUGCAAAAUGGAACACAUUCACGGAGAUAUUCAUUUACAGCACAAGCUAUGAAAGCUGUUUCGGGUAGUUUUGUCUCUCAAAGUGAACAAGGAUACCUUACAGAUACAUGGGGCCAUUUACAACAAGUGGGAACCGAUCCGCAUUAUUCACUGAGUGAUGUUGGAGAACUCAAAUACAUAGAAAGAUAUAAUUUAUCUACUGUGCCAGAGGAGACUCUAGACUUUGCAAAAGAAUCAACUGAAGGAUUCAGCACAUUAGUUGUACCGGCACAACCAGAGAAUUUUGCAUCACUGCCUAGUUCAAUUAGCGCGGACAAUGAAUCGUUGGCCAGUACAAAAGCAAGUGUUGGUGACCUUGUGGCUGGAAUCAAUGAGUCAUUCAAUGCAUCGGUUAAUAAGGGAGAAAAUGCUUUGCGAAGUUCGCUGGAUACAGCCACUUCUUUUAUAGAUUCUAUUGUAAAUAAUGCCACGAAAUCUGCAGAUAAUGCUUUUAGUAAGGCAUUUUCUGCUGUUGAUCAAUCAGGGGAGGUAGCAAAUAAGAAGUUUACAAGCUUUUCAAGUGACCUCAGUGGAGUCACAAAUAAAGCACCUGCUUUGGCUGUUGAUGCAUUGCGCCGUGCAAUCAUAGCAGCAGAGAGUUCUCUAGCAAGUGGAGCUUCCUACGUUGUUUACCUCUACGGGUCAGCUAAGGAGCUCCUUCCUGCAGGGAUUAGGGAUACAGUCAAUGUAUAUGAAGACAAAGCAACAGAGAUCUUGAGGCCUGUUGGGUCUGCAACUCAAAAGAUAUACUUGGCUUUCUACUCACUGGAGAAGAGUCUUGGCUUGGAUCCAAAUGACCCAAUUAUUCCAUUUGUUGUUUUUGUCGGCUCUUCAGCAACAUUAUGGGUUGUUUACUGGUUGUCGACAUACGGAGGUUACUCAGGAGAUUUAUCCCCUCAAUCAGCUUUGGAGCUUCUGGCUGGGGACAAAAAUGCCGCACUUAUAGAUGUCCGCCCCGAGGAUUUGCGUGAAAAAGAUGGUAUUCCUGAUCUUCGGCGGGCUGCUCGUUUUCGAUAUGCAAGUGUUACUCCACUUGAGGUUGAUGGCUCCACGCGCAAGUUGUUGAAGAGUGGUAGAGACCUGGAUGAUUCCUUGAUUGCUGCGAUUAUUCGAAAUUUGAAGAUUGUUAAGGACAGUUCCAAGGUUAUAGUGUUGGAUGCUGAUGGUACUCGUUCUAAAAGCAUUGCAAGAUCCUUGAGGCAAUUUGGGGUCAAGAAUACGUACUUGGUUCAAGGUGGCUUUCAGUCUUGGAAAAAACAAAGUCUCCGCGUCAAGGAACUUAAACCUGAGACAGCACUUUCCAUCCUCAAUGAGGAAGCUGAAGCAAUUCUAGAGGAUAUUCGUCCGUCUCCCUGGCAACUUUUAGGUUAUGGUACGGCUCUUACUGUGGGGUUGUAUGCAUUGUCAGAGUGGGAGAAGACAUUACAGUUGAUUGGUGUGUUUGGCCUCAGUUUGACCAUCUAUCUGCGGCUUUCUUCGUAUGAAAAAUCGGAAGAUUUGAAUCAAGAUGUGAGGCUGUUGCUUGCUCCUGUUAAACGUGGAGCUCAAGCUUUUUCAUGGGCUGCUGGAAAAUUGGAAUCAAAUGGCAUAGGGUUACCUACAUCACCUUCAUCAUUAGAUGUUCAAAACCGGGUAUUGCAGGCUGCUGCUAAACAUGAAUCCCAACCAUCUGAUAGCGAAGGUAACCAAGAUCCAGUUCCUGAUCAGACAGUUCCUCUCAAUCCCAAUGUAUGACAUUGAUUCCAGAUUGACUUGUGCUAACAUGAAAAGUAGAACAGAGAUAAGUGUGGUCAAAGCAUGUUAUCUUAAUGGCUGAGAGUUUGCAAGUUGAUUGUUAUUCAGCCUUUUCCCAAAAUUUGACUCUGCCCUGCUCGUAGAGACUUGGAAAUAUAUGGAGAAAAAUAAAAGUUCAGAAGGUAGAUUCUAUUUUAAUUUUUUUUAUUGCCACCAGUGCUGAGCAGAAUUUGUAUUUAAUUAUUAAAUAAAUUAUUGGCUUGAAGCUUAUUAUACAAACAAUUUCUGGAGCUGUAACAAAAAAAACAAUUUAUGGAGUUACAAAAUUUAAUAUAUAUUGUUAA